UCAUUUCAUUCAUUCAUUCAUCAAUAAGAGCAUAGACAUAUUAAGCUACUUUUGCUAGAAAACAGAGAAACAAAUUAAGAGAAAAUGUCAUUUGAUCAAAAGACACGUGAAGCAGAUCGUAUCUAUGAUGAAUUUGAACCACCUUGUGAUUGGGAUCAUGAGGAUACAAGUGACACACUAAUUCUUAUGCUUCCAGGAUUUAAGAAGGAACAACUUAGGGUUCAAGUAACCUCAACCCGAGUGCUAAGGGUGAGUGGUGAAAGACAAACGAAUGAGAAAAAAUGGCGUCGAUUUCGCAAAGAAGUCUCAAUACCACCUCAUUCAGAUACAAGUAGCAUUGGUGCCAAAUUUGAAGCUGGAAUCUUAUAUAUUAAGCUUCCAAAACUCAUCAAGCAACAAAAUAUUGCUCCAACACCAACACCAACACCAGCACCAAUCAAACCAACAACACAAGAACCUCAAAAGCCUCAACAACAAACAAUUCCUCAGAAACCAAACAAUGCUCAAGUUUCUGAUCAGAAAAAACAAGUAGUACAACAAGAACCAAAUAAAGAUAUUCAAGAAGAUUCUCAAAAGAAAGGAAAGGGUAAAGUAGAGGAAAUAAAAGAUGACAUUGAUGAUGUGAAUAAGAAAGUUGAAUCUAAAGUUGCUGAGAAAAGGUCUUUGACUUUGGAAAUGGUAUCAAAACAAAGACAAGAAUAUAUGAAUGCAUUAUCUGGUUUGGUGGAUGAAGUUAAGAAGCAAAAGAAAUUGGUUAAUUUGUUGCUACUUGUGUUUUUGGUCUUGCUAUUUGGUCUCUAUGUUAAGAGUGUAAUUAAGUCAUUUUUUUCAGGUGGACAUGAAAGGCAAGAGUUGUAAUUUGAUUAAUUACAAACUAAUUGUGUUAUUAUGUCAAUAAGUAUGGUAUUGGUACAAGAAUUGUACAAUUAUGUGCAUGUGUAAUAAGUGCUUAAAUUCAUCAAGAGAAUAAAGAAUGUUUGAGGUUUA